UGAAUCCAAGUUUUAUGCCCAUAUAGUACAGUUGUACUCCCUUUAAACCAAGUGUGCUAAUGACAUCUUUGUAAGAUUGUCGACUGAAGAGAGCGCGGGUAAGAGAAACCGAAUAUCUAACGAAUGUCGAACGUCAAACUAACUUUACCGCGGUGCAGGACUUCUACUUCAAUUCCCUGAAAUGUUCUCUGUGUGAAUCAUCUCGUGCUGAGAACAACGGGCUCAUUAUUCGGACGAGAUUGAAACCGCGGAUUGUGAUUGGAUGCUGCCAGCAGGUAGAAACGCACAGGUACUUUUAGUAGCCUACUCAGGCAUCUGAUUUUUUCCUGCUGCGUUUUCGUUAAAUUGUCUUUCCUUAACUCUCGCUCACAUUCGCACCUUUUAGUACAACUCUCAAAGCAGAUGUAAUUGGGAAAGAUACGAGUAUGUACCGUUUUCAGAAAAGGCAUCGCAAACCCGUAGCCUCGCGCGAAAUUAAAAAGUUUAUGUAGGUUAAAAAAAUAAAACGCGCGUCAGACGUACACAGCUUCUUUUAUAAUUUUGUUGGAUUACAUCUGCUCUGUAAUAUUUUUCUUUUGGAUAUAGAACCUCCUACAUUCCAGAACACCGCCAACAAACUCAGAAUGACUGAUUCAAGGAUAUCGCUGCUAAUGCUCUUGAUUUUAUCAGGUGUGUCGACAUGUGAGGCACAAGUGUGUGGUAGGCCUCCGCUUGGGAAACGUAUCGUAGGAGGACUUGAAGCAUCUGAAGGGGCAUGGCCAUGGCAAGUGGACAUUCAAAUGGGAGCUAGUGGCCAUGUUUGCGGUGGAUCCAUAAUUGCCAGAAAUUGGGUCCUUUCUGCUGCACACUGCUUUCCUUACCCUUCAGAAGUGUCUUCAUAUCGCCUGUACAUGGGACGUCAUCAGCUCAAUGGCCUAAACAGGUUUGAGAUGGUCAGUCUGGUGCAAAGGGUGGUAGUUCCAGAGGGGUACUCAAACCCUCAGCAGGGCAGAGAUGUAGCAUUAGUUCAGCUGCGCUCUCCGGUCACCUGGUCAGACAGAAUCCAGCCUGUGUGUCUACCUCAUUCUGGCCUACAGUUCGACAGUGGAACCUUUUGCUACGUCACAGGCUGGGGCCACACACAGGAGGGGGUCCCCCUCACUGGAACUGGGGCUCUACGGGAAGUGCAAGUGCCCCUUGUUGACCAAUCUUCCUGCCAAUCAAUGUACCACAUUCAGUCAUCUAAUUCAGAAACAGUGAACAUCCUGUCAGACAUGAUCUGUGCUGGAUAUAUGGAGGGAGGCAAAGAUUCCUGUCAGGGAGACUCUGGAGGCCCUCUGGUUUGUCCUGUUGGCAAUGGGACAUGGAUUCAGGCAGGAGUUGUAAGUUUUGGACUUGGAUGCGCUCAGAAGAACCAACCAGGUGUCUAUUCCAAAGUCUCAAGUUUUGCUGGCCUCAUCCGCUCCACAGUACCAGAAGCUCAGUUGCUGGGUUAUGCUUGGAGAAUUGAAAGUCAAAUGCCUCUCAUUCUAUGUCUCUAUUUUGCUUUAGUGCUCUUUUGUAGAUAGUAGUUAAGUACAAUGUGGUAUUUUAUCUGUGUGGCAUUGACUGCCAAGUUGUUGUGUUUUGAAUGUAGUCAAUGCAAAGCCUCAGAAGUGCAAAUGUAAUGAUGUUUGCUAAAACCAAACAAAAUUAGUGCAGAUGUAUUUUUUGUAUAAUUUUGUAAUACGAGGCUUGUUAAUAAUGCAGAUGGAGUGAUUUAGCUAUCUGAUCCUGCCUAAGCAAUAAUGUAGUUGCUACACUGUUAUUAUUGUGUAUGAGAUUGCUUAUGUGCAUUUUUAAAUAUGGUAAAAACAUUGUCACUAUGACCUCAAAACACGGUAAAAUGGCAAUAUUCUUAUUCUUUUUGUAUUUUCUACUCUGAUUAUUUGUAAUGAAUAGUCAUAUCAAUUUUACUACAUAAGGCAAAUUGCAUAUUACAUCUCGUCAUGCACUAAAGAUUUAACUUAUGCAAUCAACAUCUGUGUUUUAACCUCUUUUACUUUGAAUUUAGAUUCUUGAGAUUGGGUUUUCACCUCUAUUUUGCACUAUUCUUUUUUUUCUUUUGCUCAUCUUUUUUUUUACAAGGGUUGGUUGUUGGAAUUACACUUGACAUUUUUUCAUCAUUCUUGAUCUAUU